UCGUUGCAUGUGGGUACGCAUUAAGAUGGUUUGGCAAAUGCUACAUGAGAGAGAGAGAGAGAGAGACUGGGUCACAGUGUCCCAAAUCAAAUGCCCACAUUUUGUUUGUUUUUAGGCCCAAGGCACUCCUUUUGCCUAAACAUCUUCCAGUUCUCUCCACUUGGGUCCGGCGAUGCCCACAUCUUUUACCAUCUUUAUUCUCUCUUUUGUUGAUGAGAUCCUCUUCCCAAAUUCCAGGGUAAUCCUUUUCUCUUGCUGAAUCUAUCUUCUCCAUCCCUACCUCCACUAGCCCCCCCCCCCCCCCCCCCCCCCCGGCCCUCCCCUUCCUUUCUCUCGCUCUCUCUCUCUCUCUCUCUGAGAGUGUUAGAUUUCUGUCUUAUCAUAUUCUGUGAUUGUGAAAGCGUGUUUCUGAUUUUGCUUGGUCUUCAGUUCAUGGGAUUGAUCUUUUGAGUUUUGAUGUGGGCUUUUGAUGUCCAGCCAACGGAUGUGUUUUCUUGAGGUGGUUUGAGUCUGGUUGUUUGUGACUUUGGGUAAGCGAGUCUGUGUCUCUGGUGAUGGGCUUUGGUGGAAAAGGGUUGACGUGGGAUCAAGCUCUUCGUUUGACAGGAGAAGUUUGUUUUGAAAGUGGGUUCGUGGUUUGAAGUCUUGAAAGACUGAGAAAAAGGUGAAUGAAAGGAGCCAAAGAAGAAGAGAAGCUUAUGGGUCCUAUGUUUCCUAGGCUCCAUAUCAGUGAUGCAGACAAAGGAGGGCCAAAAGCGCCUCCAAGGAAUAAGAUGGCUCUUUAUGAACAGCUCAGUAUCCCUUCACAGGCAUUUACCUCUGGAUCUGGGUCAAUGUUGCCCCUUCCUCCCAACAAUAGUGGCUGCUUCAUCCCCUCAACAUCAUCUGUUCAGGGUGCAGGCCAGAAAAGGAGUAUGUAUUCUUCAUUCUGCAACUCACCUGAUGCUUCUAAUUUUGCUGAGAGAUUUCACUCUUAUCCUUCUGGUGGCAUGAACUUGAAUGCAACAUCCAUGCAUGUUGACUGGCAACCAAUGGAACCUACAAAUGGUCAGGCUUUAAAGGCUGCAGGGAAUUUUUCACUGACAGCCAACUUUAGCUUUCCUCAAGUACACUGUACCUCUAACUCCAAAAACUCAUCUGCAAAGAAGUUUGGAGAGGAGGAUAAUUUUAGGGUUUUAGCUUUUGUCCAGUCGGGAAGUACUCUGAAUUUUAGUAAUGGACAGCAUGACAUGGAGAAAGAAAAAACCACCACCUCAAGUCCAAACAGGCAUCUUCAAACUGGUAAUGUAAAGCAGCUGAAGCAAACUAGCAUUACAGAUUUAAUGCCAAAGCAGCACGGGAAGAAUCAGACUGAAGGAGACUCAAAAAUGUUCCCAAGUUGUCAAGACCAUUCCAGAUGGCCUAUUCCAAUUUUGACCAGUAAUAAUAAGUUUUUGUUAGAUUCAUCUUCGAGUCCUCUUGCUAGGGAUAGAAUCUCUGGAUUGGAAAGGGGAGGAGUGGUAUCAUUGAGUGAAGAAAAGAGAAGAAGUUUAAUUGACAACUCAAGCAGAUUACGUGAUUUACAUCAGGGGUAUAGAGCUUUGCAAGAAAAAAUUGCCCUUACAGGUGAUGUUCUCGAUAGGGAUGGUUUGUCAUGUACCCAAACUUCACAUGGUGACAACCAUGGAAGUCCUAACGCAACUGAAAUGGUUAAUGGGUGCCAUGAAGAUCAGUGUGGGUCUUUACUAGUAAGACAAGCUGACAGAAAUGCUGAUAUCUCAGACACUUCCAUUGUGGACUCUAUAUCGCAUGUUGAGAUAUCCCCUGAUGAUGUUGUUGGAGUCAUUGGUCAGAAACAAUUCUGGAGGGCAAGAAGAGCCAUUUCUCAUCAGCAGAGAGUUUUUGCAGGCCAAGUGUUUGAGUUGCAUCGGUUAAUAAAGGUACAGAGGUUGUUUGCAGCAUCACCAGAACUAUUGCUCAAAAGUAAACUCUUCUUGGGAAAGCCCUCAAUUGCAGCUUCACCUAUGAAGAAGAAAUUGCAGCCUGAUAAGGUACCAGAAGCACCUCAUUUUAUUGGUAAACUGGGUGAUGAUCCUCAGAAGUGCAACCCCGACACCAAUUGCUUGGCAGAGAAUGCAUCUGCGAAGCCUCAUCUUCCUUCUCUCAACAGUGAUACCAACAAGAUAAUUGAUUCUCAGCAGCCAUAUUACAAAACUUAUUUGCCAAAUGCACCACCAGAAUCAGCUGCCACGGAAUCUAGACCAGCACCGUGGUGCUUCCAGCCAGCACCCGGAAACCAGUGGCUAGUUCCUGUGAUGUCACCUUCUGAAGGACUUGUCUACAAGCCCUGCACAGGACCUUGCCCUCCAGCAGCCGGCUUCAUGGCACCAAUUUAUGGUAGUUGUGGGCCGGUGAACCUAUCUCAAGCAGGCGGAGAUUUCUUGAACAUGGCUUACGGCAUUCCUGGCUCUCACCAGCAAGGGAUUGGCAUUCUUCCCAGCAAUCCUCCACUCGGUCAGACCUACUUUCCACCAUACGGGAUGCCAUUGAUGAACCACCCUGUAGUUUCCACUGGAACAGUGGACCGGAUGAAUCCAUUUGCCACAUCCAGGCAGAACGGGCAGGCUAACCGAUUCGCCGAAGACAUGGAUGUCUCCAUUCCUUCCUAUCAGAACUCAGUUAACAUGUCAACCCAGAAGAGUGGGGCGAACUCAUAUUGUGCUGGGAAUUUGCAUGCAUCAAAAGAGAGUGAAUUGCAGGCUAGUACAGCCAGUAGCGGUUCUGAGAGGGUGCAUGCUGAUGCCCUGCCUCUCUUCCCCACUGCCCCAAUAGCUCAUGAUUCCGACCAGCCGGAGGGGGCUCGGAGCGCUGAGCAGCUGACACGUGUGAUCCGGGUUGUACCGCACAACCCGAGAUCAGCGUCGGAGUCGGCUGCCCGGAUAUUCCGGUCCAUACAAGAAGAAAGGACACAACACGACUAGUUUGUCUCAGGAUCGUGGCAAAUGGCUUCCAUUCAGCUGAGGCUACCCAACAGGAGUCUUACCAUUUUCUCUGUACUUUCUUUGUUCUCUAUUUGUAACAUUUGGAAAUGCACUUAAAAUGUUAAUGUUUCUUCUGGUCAUGUACUAACUUGUGUAAAUAUGAAGAAAUUGAGUGAUUGAUUAAGCAAGCAAUGAGAAUAUUUCACUCUACCCCAAUCGGGAGAGUAUUGGAUGAGAAAUUACACUA